AUGUUCUAUGGGUCUCUCGUUUUAGAAAGUCAAACACUUUGUUUGGGAAACCCUUUGGUUCGGAAAGAUAAUUCCAAAAGAUUAGGUUCUGAUUCCGCGAACAAAGAUUGGGACAACCAAUUACCUUGCAGGUUGUUCGCCACCGACAGGUUUCCCAAGGCGAGGCUCAAUAUGUAUGGCGAGGCAUCCACGUUAACACUAUUGCACCACACAUUGAAAGGCACUCCGGUGUUCCAGCGGAUAAGAGACACUGUCUUUGGACAACUAUUCGACAUCCCAAAAGGCAGGUGUCCUUAUUCUGGGAAGCUAAUUCACUCUCUCCUUAGCCGGCAGCUACUUACCAAAAGAAGGUAUGAGCUCUGGACCGUUUUCGGUGGUCAACCGUUUCGAUUCUCUCUGCCUGAGUUUGGGAGCAUCACUGGCUUGUCAUGUGGACCUUGGCCGGAUGGAUACCAUCCUCAUAAGGUGUCAGACAAAGACAACCAUCCAGAUCAAGCAUGGAAAUCAAUCAUUGGUGAUAACCCCAGUACAACAUGCGAGCAGAUUGGCAAGGGGCUCAUAGAUGACAAAGAAAAAAACUUGAUUGAUCCUGAAAGGAAAUUCAAGUUAGCGCUGGUACUGAUAGUCGAUGGUGUUCUGAAAGCAAACAACCUCCCGCUGAAGCCAACUCCUCAUUAUGUCACAAUGCUUGCGAACCUUGAUGCUUUCAUGGCGUUCCCAUGGGGUAGGGAAUCCUUCUUUUGGACUAUCCACAGCAUGAAGCCAGGCAUAAGGAUUUUUGGCGACCCUGAAGAUCCGGUUGAAACAUUACGGGAGAAACUCAAGAGUUCCAGCUACCGGCUCACUGGAUUCCCGCUUGCUUUGCAGCUUCUAGCUUUCCGUCUUGUUCCCAACUUGCUCCAAAAACUCCGGAACCCAGAAGAGGAACCAACAAUGCUUGCCAUUGAGGGCCCUUCGAUCCCCAUCAAAGGAUACAUCUCGCAAAAUGCAGUCCUACUCGCAGAGAAUGACCAUGAUUUGCAUGUAACUCCUUUCCUACAUGAGAAUGAGUCCACUUCAAAUGCCCUCGGCGCAUGGGCAGAUGAACAACUUGAUAGGAAGCUGGAAUAUUUGGAGAAUAAAAUAGCGGCCGGACAUUCUUUCAAGAAGCAGGAAUGGCCAGGAGGUGAAGACUACUUACUUAUUCUCGUUCCGAAGCAACCCAAGCAACAAAGAGUUCCCAAUAAACCCAUCGUUCGGAGGAAGCAGCAGAGAAAUGGUAACAACAACCCAGUCAACGUUACACAAACGCGCUCCAGCCAAAAAAAGAAAACGGUGAAAAUCUUAGUAGAUGCAGUUGCGCUAGAGGGCCUACUUCAUAAUAACCAGUUGUUGCGUCAAGAAGUUUCUCAACUCUCGAAGAAAAUAGAGUCGCUGACUACAAAACACAAGACAAUGCUGCAGCUUCUCCGGGACACUAGGAGAACGGUAAGGAUAUCAAAUAUCCGUAACCGUUGCUACAAGCAGAAAAGGCGUGUACCAAAAAUAGAAACAGAGAGCUUCACUCUAAAGGGAGAUGAUUGCUGCCCCGAAAUUUUGUUUGCCUCGCCAACCAAGAACUACACCACCGAUAAGGUGCAGGAGCUCAACCACGACAUGGACGAAGACAGCUUCGUAAGGCUCUAA